AUGGCCUUCGUGCGAGGAUUAACUGAGCGCCAUCGGGGUUUUGCUGGUGGAGAUGAGAGACAAUAUGCGUUUGUGAACGGUUUCUCUGUGAUUGACCGACUAUAUUUGAGGAACGGGACGUUCUAUGUUGCAACCAACGACUCAGCCUUCCCGCCGCGCACUGACCUGAUAGGCAAACCGGUAGCUCUGCCCCUUGAGCCGGAUGUGUCAGAUGCAACAGACGAGGAAAUGCAGUUCCUGUCUCCAGAAGACGCACCUGAAGUCCUUGGGGAAGUUGCAGCUCUCGUCCCAGACUUUACAGUGUUUCUGUACGAUUCCCCUCAAUUCAUGCCCCAUUUCUAUCACUGGUGGGGAGAAAUCAUUCUUGGAAUGUGGAGAGUCUACUCGACGCUGGCCCUCGGCAAGAAAUGGUCCACUUCCGAUCCGGUCGACUUUCCGCUCCCUUGGCCUGCGCGAUUCGUGCUGCCGGCUGUCUCUGGGACCGAAUGGCGAGACAGAGCAGGCAUCAUAGGUCCCACUAUGCGACCAGCGUUUCCACAAGCUUCGAUCGAAAAGGCAGACUAUUGGAACGACCUCAUCAAACUGGGCACGACAGUGGUAUUCGAGAGGAGCAUGAUCAUAAAUCGAGACGCGGCUCACAAACAUCCUUUGUCGAAUCGUUGGUUCAAGAUGGUCGGAGGGACGAUGAGUCUAACCGCGCCAGACCUGUUCUGGGAGCCGCUCCGUCAAUCGUUAGUGAGGAACACGAUUGGAUACGUGCCUGCCGUGGACUCCAGAGGGAGAAUCCUUGCUACUUCUUUAAAGCCGUCACCGCCGCCUCCUUCAUCCCCCAUAGCAUUCGACGAUGAUACGGGAGUCUCGGAUACAGCUUCUGGGCGAUACAACCUUCCUGUCGUAACCUACAUCUCCCGACAAGGCGGGGGUCGCCGGCUCGUUGCGGAAGACCACGAAUUACUUGUGGAGUCGUUGAAAGAAUUGGAGCGACAGGGGCUCUGCACAGUGCUUAUUCCACAGAUGGAGAAACUUAGCAUCCGUGAGCAGGUUGCGAUCAUUGCAAAGACAACAAUUCUUGUUGGAGUGCAUGGGAACGGCCUGACACACCAGUUAAUCAUGCCUCCGUCCCUCCGUUCCGCAAUUUUUGAAAUCAUGGAUCCGCCAUCAUACGUAUUUGACUACGAAAUGCUCGCACGAAACAUGGGGCAUAAGCACUACGCAGUCCAUAACGAUACGUUGUUGACGUAUCCCAAAGGGAAGACCCAUAAUGGCAUACACUUCACCGAUGGGUUUCAUGGAGAAUCAAUCCCGGUAUAUGGGCCAGUCAUUGCCGAUAUGAUUCGAAGGAGACUGACCGAGCCUGAUGAAGCGGUGGAGGACUAA